CGCACUUUCCGCUGGGUAACUUGGCGCAGUUAAAAAGUUAAGAAUGGAUACGUGGUAAAAAAAAAAAAACAACGGUGUUUUUCUCUCGUGCUGUUUAUCAGUGAACUCCAAAGCUCUCCGGUGUGGAUCGGACUCUCCGGACACUCGCUAUGCUUCCCCGCGGUCAGGACUACGGGGUGAAACGGACCGGAACGGCUCGGAGCGGCUCGGUGAUUCACUUCAGGACAACGGUGAACUCCGGGCGCCGCAGCUCCGCCGUGCUGCCCUCGCUGCUAACGUUCCUGGUGAUCGUGGCGUCCGGAGGCCUGCUGCUCAUGAUCGAGAAAGGAAUGCUCAACAGCCUGGAUACUCCUCCACCCCGGGGAAGCGGCAGGCGGCUGGACCCCGUCCGACAGGCGGGCAAGCACGACUCGGCCCCCGUGGACGUGGAGUCCCAGAUCCUCCAGGAGAUCCGGAACCGCACCAUCAGGACCAUGUGCAGCCAGAAGAACAUGCCCCACAGCGUCUGGUCUCUGAGCCCCCUACAGAGGAAGACGCUGCUGCAGCACAUCCUGGUCAACGACAAGCACCGCUUCCUCUACUGCUACGUCCCCAAAGUGGCCUGCUCCAACUGGAAGCGGGUCCUGAAGGUGCUGAGCGGCUCGCUGGAGAGCGUGGACGUCAACAUCAAGAUGGACCAUCGCAGCGACCUGCUGUUUUUGUCCUCCCUGAAACCCGAGGAGAUCCGCUACCGCCUGAAGCACUACUUCAAGUUCAUGUUUGUGCGGGACCCCAUGGAGCGCCUGCUCUCUGCUUACAGGAACAAGUUCGGAGAAAUCGAGGCUUACAAGAAAAAGUACGGCGUUGAGAUCGUAAAGCGGUACAGAAAAGGUCGCGCCAACGACCCGUCUGUGAAAGGGGACGAUGUGACCUUUGCAGAGUUUGUCCGCUACUUGCUGGACGAGGACGUGGAGCGUAUGAAUGAGCACUGGAUGCCGGUGUACAACCUGUGCCAACCGUGUGCUGUGUCUUACGACUUCUUCGGCUCAUAUGAGCACCUGGAAGGUGACGCGGAGUUCGUGCUCCAGCGAAUCGGAGCGCCUGCCUACGUUCACUUCCCGGAGAGGCAGACGUGGUACAAGCCGGUCACCACGGAGACGUUACACUAUUAUCUCUGCAGCUUGCCACAAAAGCUGCUGAGGGACCUGCUGCCCAAGUACAUUUUAGACUUUUCCCUCUUUACGUAUCCACUCCCCAACACAACCACUGAACACUGCCGGCAUUAAAGCUCCACUGUGAGAGAGUUUGGAGAAUAUUUUUUGUAGAGAAUCAUUUAUGUUUUUUUUAUGCUUAUGGGACAUUGACAGCUGUUACACAAUUUUUUUACUUGAGAUGUCCUCAUAUCGUUUUAUAAUGCUGAUUAUUGGAACAGAAUAAGAAUUAACUUUAAAACCACUAAAACUUGAAAUCAGCUGCAGACACAGGAAAACGUUAUUGAAACGUAUGUUACAUGCACUGUUACAGUAAAUCAAUCAGUUCACUAUAUAUAUGGAUGCAAAUGUUAAUAAGGUUGGAAGACCAAAGUCUGUGUUUUGUAGUUUGUUGGUGUAAACAUUGGAGAAAGUCAAGGGUUAAUAGCUUCAGUGGGCAUUCAGUGGUUUAGCAGGCUAAAACACACACACGUACUCAGAGGGUGGUGGGGUUUAAAUGAAGCUUGUGUUUUUAAGUAUGUCACAGUCUCUCUGUCCCAUCGUUUCUAUUUACUUUGGACUAUUUACCAUCGAAUAAAACCAGAAGUUUAAGUUUAA